CCCCCCCCUCUAUUGGUGAGGACGGGGUCUAUGGAAUGGGCUCUGGUUACAACUGCUGGUACCACUGUUGCAGACAAACCCUAACAUCAGCACUUUGCAAGACAUUUUGCUUGGAGAAAAGGGGCACACCUUUUAUUUGCAAUCUCAAAUUUCCUAACCAAUCAUUUUAACUUUGAACAUUAUUCUAAGUCCUCCCCCGGCUUCAAAAGUGCAACCUUGUGGCUACCUGUAGCGGCAGAAACUUCUGCAACACAAAAGCUGCGGAGGUAGUGCUGAAACCUUUGCAAGCUAUCGGAAACCUCCAUCCCUGCGGAUAAAAGGGUUAUCAACAGAACCAGAGGCGUUACAACUAUGUGCUAAACGAAAGGCACAUUGCAGUGCAGUGGAUGUAACUCCGAACAUCAAGUCCUCGACCUUCUGUGAAGCACAAUGAAAGACGACUUUGCUGAUGACGAGGAGGUCCAUUCCUUUGGCUACAAGAGGUUUGGAAUCCAAGAGGGUACAGAGUGCACCAAGUGUAAGAAUCACUGGGCGUUGAGAGCAGCUAUAGCCCUGCUCUACGUGCUGUGUGCCCUGCUCACCAUAGCGGUGGCCGUGCUCGGAUACAAAGUGGUGCAGAGGAUGGAUGACGUUACGCUACAAAACUCUGCAGAGCACCGCAUCAACGAGAAAUCGGCAAACGCCACCAGUGCCAUCCAGACCUUCCAGUCCAACCUCCAGACCCUACAGAGCCAGCUGCACGACAUCGCCCAGCGGUCCGGCGCCAACCAGGCCCUGCUGGACGAGCUCCAGGAGACGGGCGAGGUCACGCAGAGGGGCCACGUGUCCCUGCAGGGCGACGUCGACGGCAACGCGGCGUCCCUGCUCCGGGUCAACCAGACGCUGACCUCCUACAGCGGCACCAUCGAGGACCUGCAGAAGGACACGGCCAGGCUGCAGUCGGCGCUCCAGGGCCAGGCCAGGGACCAGGGCGAGGCGGCGGUGGGCGUCAAUGCCCUGAACAUCACCCAGGCCCAGCAGCGCGGCCUGCUCAGCAACCUGCAGAAGACGGUGGAGGCCACGGGGCAGGCGGUGCAGAAGCUGAAGAACGACUACCAGGGCCUGCAGCAGACGGCCUGGCAGACGCAGGCCGACACCGUCUGGCUGAAAGAGAAGGUCCAGAACCUCCACGUGGUGGCGGCCAACAACUCGGCGCAGGCCCGCUCCAACGGAGAGGCCUUGGAGGACAUGGGCUCCCAGCUGGGCUCACUGGCGCUGCAGAUCCAGAACACGUCGUCGGUGACGGAGGGGCACGACCAGAGCCUCCGGGAGCUGAUGGACCGCCAGCGGGACCACGACCACGACAAAUCGGCGCAGUUCGACCGCUUGGAGGUGCGGCUGGACCGGCAGGAGAGCAUCAUGAACCGCGUGAUCGGGAACGUGAGCUUCGCCUCGCAGCUCCUGGGCGCCAUCAGCACCGACCUCAACGGCCUGCGGACUUGCGCGGAGACGGUGGCCCACCACGCGGACCUGCUGCUGGCCCUGAACGGGAGCGUGAGCGAGGCCAAGGCGUACAGCGUGGGGCUGCGGACCCAGCAGGACGAGCUGGCCGGCCGGCUGGACCGAGAGGUCAGCAACCUGUCGAUGGUGAUGGAGGAAAUGAAGCUGGUGGACAGCCAGCACUCGAACCUCAUCACCAACUUCACCAUCCUGCAAGGACCCCCAGGUCCGAAAGGCCCCAGAGGUGACAGGGGGCCACAGGGCCCGGUGGGCACGUCGGGACAGAAGGGUGAGAGAGGGGACAAAGGCAUGACGGGCGGGCGGGGACCUGAAGGACAAAAGGGUUCUGCAGGACUAUCCGGGGUGCCGGGUUCUAAGGGAGCGACCGGGGACCGGGGCGUCCACGGAGCCAAAGGGUCCCGGGGAUCUUCAGGUCGGCCAGGCCCUGCGGGGGAGAAGGGGGAGUCCGGCACUCCGGGGGCUAACGGCUUGGAAGGACAGAAGGGGACGGCGGGAUUACAAGGGCCUCAGGGGCCACGAGGACCUCUCGGGGCUCUGGGGCCGGCGGGAUUUCCCGGGCACCCUGGUCUGCCGGGGCCACCGGGGCCACCGGGGCGUCCGGCGGAUCCCCCUGUGCAACCCCAACCCCCGCCCCAUGUACCCCCACACACUCCCCAGCAGGACAAACCCCCUCCACCCUCCAAGCCGGUCCCAGUAUCAGAGACCCCCAUGGUGUCCCCCCAUGUGCAGCCCCCCGCUGGCCCCACCCCGCUACCUGGCUGCCCUCUUGAAUGGAUUUCCUUUGAGGACAGCUGCUACUACUUCUCCUCUGGGGCUCAGAAGUUAAAUUUUACAGAAACCAAGAUAUUCUGUACCAACAUGUCAUCCUCUAUGGUCAUGAUCAAAAGCAACGAGGAGCAGGAAUGGAUAAAAAAGCAGAUUGCCAGAAAGGGCUUCUUCUGGCUGGGCUUGACAGACACAGAGACGGAGAACGUGUGGAAGUGGGUCGAUGGGACCCUACCCGUUUUCACGAAGUGGAAACUUGGCCAGCCUGACAACUGGGACCAGGGCUACUCAAAGGGAGAGGACUGCGCAGGGCUCAUCCAAGCGACAAAAAAAGAGAAGAAGGCGGAAUCUGUUGUCAACACAUCAGCCAUGCCUCUCUUCACGACAAAUCCCUUUGACCAAGAUGUUGAGAAAGCAACCAGUGAGAUGAACACAGCCGAGGACUGGGGCCUCAUUUUGGACAUCUGUGAUAAAAUAGGACAGUCCCGUACUGGUCCGAAAGAAUGUCUUCGCUCGAUAAUGAGACGAGUGAACCACAAGGACCCGCAUGUGGCCAUGCAGGCACUGACUCUACUUGGUGCCUGUGUUUCAAACUGUGGGAAAAUAUUUCACUUGGAGGUCUGCUCCAGAGAGUUUGCUAGUGAAGUCAGCAAUGUUCUGAACAAGGGCCACCCGAAAGUCUGUGAGAAGCUGAAGGCCCUGAUGGUGGAGUGGGCGGAAGACUUCCGGAACGAUCCUCAGCUUAGCCUCAUCUCGGCCAUGAUCAAGAACCUCAGAGAGCAGGGUGUCACCUUCCCGGCCGUGGGCUCCCAGGCUGCAGAGCAGGCGAAGGCAAGCCCUGCGAUGGUUGCCAAGGACCCUGCCACCGCCUCCACUAAAAAGGAGGAGGAAGACCUGGCCAAAGCCAUCGAGCUGUCGCUGAAGGAGCAGCGCGGGCAGCCCCAGGGUUCCCUGUCCAGCCUGUACCCCAGCGCCUCCAGCCUGCUCCCCUCUCAGAAGGCGGACGGCCGGAAGGUGCGCGCCAUCUACGACUUUGAGGCGGCCGAAGACAACGAGCUCACGUUCAAGUCCGGGGAGAUCAUCACCAUCCUGGACGACAGCGACCCCAACUGGUGGAAAGGGGAAACGUACCAGGGAGUGGGCCUCUUCCCCUCCAACUUUGUAACUGCGGACCUAACCGCUGAGCCAGAGAUGGUCAAGACCGAGAAGAAAUCGGUGCAGUUCAACGAAGAGGUCCAGGUGGAAACCCUGGAGCCGGAGCCAGAGCCCGUGUUUAUCGAUGAGGAGAAAAUGGACCAGCUGCUGCAGAUGAUUCAGAGUGCCGACCCCACGGAUAACCAGUCAGAUGCUGUCGAACUGCUCCAGUUGGAAGGUGCCUGCAACCAAAUGGGACCACUCAUUGACCAGAAGCUGGAGGAUAUAGACAGUAGGCACUCUGAGCUGUCGGAGCUCAACGUGAAGCUGAUGGAGGCGCUGUCCAUGUACGCCAAGCUGAUGAACGAGGACCCCGUGUACGGCAUGUACGCCAAGCUCCAGAGCCAACAGUACUACAUGCAGCAGCCCCAGCAGCCGCCCGCCAACACGGCCCAGCAGGGGUAUCCCGUUCAGCCAAGCCCAGGCUCGUAUGCCAUGGGCCCGGGGAUGCAGGGCUACCCUGUGUCCAUGGAGCAGCUCCAGGCCGGGCCUCCCAUGCCUGGCCAAGCAGCACCCAGUGACAUCCACAUGUACAUGGGCCAGCCGCCCGUCUACAGCCCGUCCUCGGCAGACGUCCAGGCCUACCAGAACCAGGCCAGCCUCCCCGGCCCUCCCCCGGGCCCUGGCGUCAUGAACCAGCCGCCCAGCUACAGCGCGUCCUCUGGUCAGAGCUUACAGGCCCCCACAGACCCCCAACACAUCCCGUACCCGGAGAAAGCCCUGCUAUAGGGAACCUGCACGUUACCAAACCCUCAUACACACACUACACACGCACACAGCACAUGUGCACUCCACACGCAAACAGCACAUGCACACUCCACAUGCACACUCCACAUGCACACUCCACUUGCAUACGCCACAUGCACACUCUGAUUGUGUGCAUGUGGCCUUUCUUCUGUACGGCUUUAAGUUACUGGUAGGGAGGGGGCGGUACUCCCCAAGUGUUAAGCUAGUACUCUACAGAUGCUUUUCUGUAAUGGGCCGAGUGCACUAGCAAUGCUGGUCGUCGCCCCCCCCCCCCCCCCCCCCCCCCCCUCCUCCAUCCCAAUUCGAGCUGCUAGGGCUGACUGUAAAUAAUGGUGUCACACAACAGACAAAAAAAAACUCAUGUCACAUCUCUUUUGUAGAAAGGAUUUAAAUAUUUUUUUCAUCACGUCGGCCCCCCUCAAGGUGGGCUCACGUCUCGUGUGUGAUUUUGUGUUUGCUUCGUGAGUUAUCGUUUGAAACGGUGAAAGCGUUGUGUUGAUGUGAACAUGGAAAAACAAAAAAAGAUUCAAAACCAGUCAUGUGGGCAAUGUGGUUCUGAGCAUCACAGACGCCUGUAGUUUUGAGGAGAUAACAUUGUGCUACACACACACACACACACACACACACACACACACACACACACACACACACACACACACACACACACACACACACACACACACACACACACACACACACACACACACACACACACACACACACACACACACACACACACACACACACACACACACACACACACACAGGCCUCAACCAGGCCAAUUGCACUGCUACUCUCCACGACAUAAAGAUGGCCACACCUUUUAUUUUAUUUUCUCUCAUCUGUGCAAACAACACGCUACUUUAAGCAGUGCUGAAGAAUAUAAGCAUCGCAUUGAAUACCCAGGCUACCCUGCGGAAUAUGUUCUCAACCUUUUUGUCCAUUAUUUUUUAGAAGUACUAAAAACUGAAGCCACUUUUUUUUGUUGUUGAAGGGAAUAAGAAGGAUCAUGCGAUCGUGUGUGUGUGUCCGUGUGUGCACACUCAGACACACUCAGACGCACACAGACACACACACACACACACACACAUUCAUACAUAUGCUGAGCUAGUGGUGAAGCCACACGUUGGCCUCCAGUGGGUCUGUACUUUAGCACCGUUCUGUUGCAUUUCACUUGAUUCUCAAAGGGCCCCAACCCGGUCAGUUGCCCCUCCCCCUCGUCACGGAGGCUCCAUUGCAUCGACUUGUUUUGCCGGCAAGUUAAUUUUAGAUGAAGUAGUAUUUCAGAGCGCUAGCAAGCAAACGCUCACUGUGUUCACCAUACUUCAGAGCUGCUUAAACACACUUGAAGGCCAUGGACUUGUGGCUUUGGAUCAGCGAGGGGGGUGAGCUGUUUGUAACCUCUCUGCUGAUUUUUUAUAAGCAUCUCAUUUUUUGUCAGUGUUGAACAAUGGAUAUGAUUAAUUUAUAUUUUGAAGUGCGCAGGCGAUGCCUGAAGUAUUAAAUACAUCUGAUGAAGAUGAUGUAAUAUUCUGCCUAAUUUAGUUGUGUAUAUUUAAGUUGCUCAUGUGCAAAGUGGAGAUUGAUUUCUCUCGUUCAUGGUAUAACCAGUGGUUGAUUACUGAACUAACUGCUUUUAAAAUUGUAUAAUUUUCUUUUUUGAAACCCAUUAUGUUCUCUUAUUAAUUAUCUCUCCGAACGCACACCAGCAUGUCCGUUGUAGACGGCUAAUUUCAUUUGUUUGCGUCUAUGAAUAGAUGUAUAGAUUCAAAGCUGUCAUCCACUAGAGCAGAGACUUGAUCUGGUGUCACAAUAUUGCAUGCUCCCUAAACUCUGGUUCUCAAACCAGGCAAACCGAAGCCUCAUCACAUUGUACCUCAUUAACUCCUGGACUCCACUUAAAGACUAGCAAACUCUUGUAAUUGCUUUGGUUUGAGUUCCUUGGGCUUUUGGAUGGACUUCAUGUAUUCAAAUACUGCUUUAGCUGUCUACAACUUAUGGUCCAUGUUGGUAUUUUCUUAAACUUUCUUUAUUGAAUGAUUUAACUUUCACCCUGAACCACAUCUCUGUGUACAAAUGUCAUUUCAAAUGUUGCAAGGAGUGCAGCCUUCACUGUGCUUCUUAAUUCCACCUUCUGCCUAAAAAAACAUGAUUGAAAUUGGUUCUGAGCUUUUGUAGGCAACUGUUAAAACACCCAAUACACCAUUUGUUCUGAAGGCCACAGGCUAUUUUGUGUUAGAGUACCUCUGGGCUUGGUUUUUACAUUGCUUGCUCAGAGAGGUAAUCUUGUGCUUCUGUACUUGUUGCUGCCUUUUUAACUUAACCCUACACUCGGACAACAUUGUCAUUUUGUUGCGUCGCAAAGCAAGAGUUUGAUCAAUUGUAGCAGGUGUUCUGGAAAGAUGGGACCACGAGCCAGUGAACCACAUUGACGUAAUUUUUUUAUUUAAUUUUGUUUGCACCAAAAGAUAGCACUGGACUUUAGCCCUCAUCUUAUUUUAUUGUACAGGAGUGAGAUGGUGUCUGUUUUUAACUUUAAAACCAACCUCAUCAUUGUAAAGAUUUUGUUCUGAAUGGUACACUGUUUCUAUGUAAUCUUUGAACCAUACUUAUGAAUUGAUAUUCACAAUAAAAAAAACAGGCCAAAUGUACAGGA